AUGCCCUCCCCAAUUGACGACUCCCUCCAAGCGCGCAUCUCCCCCGACUGCCCCCAGGACACCCGCGAUGUCCUCCACCACGCCUGGGCCCACGAUCUGAGCGGCCUCAAGAAGCUCCUCGCCGCCGACCGCUCCAAGGCCAGCGUCCAGGACCCCAAGACCGGCGAGACCCCGCUGCACGCCGCCAUCCGCGCCUGCGGCCCGGCCGACGAACUGGACAAGAGCGCUGCUGCUGCUGCUGCUGGCGACAAGGAUGAGGCUGCUCCUGAGGAGGAGGCGGAAGAAGAAGACGAGGGCGAGGAUGGCUGCGUGGAGGAGGCCCGCGACGUCGUCCAGGCCCUCUUCUUCUCCGGCGCCAUCUGGAACGACGUCGAUGCCAACAACGAGACGCCCGGCUGCGUCGCCUACCGGCUCGGCCGAAAGGCCCUGUAUAACCUCUGCGUCGACGCCGGCGUUCGCGCAGAGAUUCUCUUUGCCCUGAUGGACGGCUACGAAGAGCUCUCCUCCGGCGAGGACGAGGAAGACGACGAGGCCAUGAAGGACGACGAAGUCGCGGAAAAGGAAGAAGACGUUGCCGCUGGAGCAGACGAAGAAAAAGCUUUCGUUCCCCCCGAAAUUGACGAAAAACCAGUCACCAGCAAAGAAUACCUCGAGUCCGACCUCACCUACGACGCCAACAAGCUCCUCGACGCCGACCUCAACGGCGUCAUGAUGUCCUGGGAGACGGACAUCAUGCGCCGCUCCGUCGCCGCCCUCCUCCCCGGCGCCCCGCUCGGCAAGCGCGUCCUCAACGUCGGCUUCGGCAUGGGCAUCAUCGACGGCAUGUUCGCCGACCUCAAGCCCUCGCGCCACCACAUCAUCGAGGCCCACCCCAAGGUGCUCGAGCACAUUGCCAGCCCCGGCAGCGCGUUCGGCCGCGUCUGGGAGGACAGCGGGCCCGAGGAGGGCGAGUACCAGGUCUGCAAGGGGAGGUGGCAGGACGUCGUCCCGCUGCUCGCCGAGGCGGGCUACCUGUACGAUGCCAUCUACUUUGACACCUUUGGAGAGGACUAUUCGCAGCUGCGGACCUUCAUCAUGGAGUGGGUUCCUGCGCUGCUGGACCAGGGCGGCCGGUUCAGCUUCUUCAAUGGCCUCGGUGCGGAUCGGAGGGUGUGCUACGACGUCUACACAAAGGUGGUGGAGAUGCACUGCGCUGAUGCGGGUCUGGACGUGGAAUGGGAGGAGAGCGACGUUGACAUGGCCCAGCUGGACAAGGAUGGCCAAGGAGAGUGGGAGGGCGUUCGACGACGGUACUGGACGUUGGACAAGUACCGACUACCAAUUUGCACCUUUAUGGGUUGA